AUUAAAGUAGAGUUUGUCUCAAAUCUCUCAGAGUGGAUUAACAGGCUCCGUUCUUCUUACAUGGAUUACUGAUUUAUCUGGAUUUCAUCUUCAACAUUUGACCCGAUCCUGGACUGUGACGUUUUUCGAAGAACAGACCUGAUGGAAGUGAAGGAGGAAAGUCAAGAGCUGGAAAUACUUUCACAGACUGAAAACAAGUUCAUGCAGAAACAUUUUCAGAGAGCAAAAGCCGAAAUGUCUUUCACUUGCAGUCAGUGUGGAAAAAGUUUUGCAUCAAAAGAAGUGCUCGAGAUGCAUAUAAGAGUUCAUACAGAAGAGAAAACAUACCAAGGCCAUCAGUGUGGAAAAAGUUUCACAUGUAAAACAAACCUUAAGAUUCCCAUGAGAGUUCAUACAGGAGAGAAAUCGCACACAUGUGACCAGUGUGGAAAGAGUUUUACAUUUAAAAGGAGUCUUAAUGAACACAUGAGAAUCCACACUGGAGAGAAACUGCACACUUGCCAUCAGUGUGGAAAGACUUUCACACACAAAGAAAACCUUGCAAGGCACAUGAGAAUCCACACUGGAGAGAAACCUUACACAUGUGACCAGUGUGGAAAGAGUUUCAGACAAAAAGGAAAACUUAAGUAUCACAUGAGAAUCCACACUGGAGAGAAGCCUUUUGCAUGUGUUCAGUGUGGAAAGAGUUUUGCAUCUGAAUGUAAUCUUAAGUUUCACAUGACAAUCCACACUGGAGAGAAGCCGUACACAUGUGAUCAGUGUGGAAAUAGUUUCACAAAUAAAGUCUACCUUACAAAACACAUGAGAAUCCACACUGGAGAGAAACCUUACACUUGCCAUCAGUGUGGAAAGAGUUUCAGACAGUCUCAACGUCUCCGUGAUCAUCUGCUCUCGCACACUGGAGAAAGACCAUUUUACUGUGAUCAGUGUGGUAAAAAUUUUAUUACCGAAUCAGCCCUGAAGCAACACCUGAAAGUUCAUACAAAGGAGAAGUGUCACGUCUGUUCUAUUUGUGGAAAAAGUUUUUCAAAGCUGGCAUAUGUGAAAUUGCACCAGAAAAUACAUGACAGUGUGAAAAAUCAUGCAUGCUGUGAGUGUGGACUGACCUUUACUGCAGCCUGUGAUUUGAAAUGGCACCAGAGAAUUCACAGUGGAGAAAAAACAAACAUUAGUGACCCAGAAGCCUGCAGAAUGGUUCAAUAGGUUCAAGUUAGUCUUGCAUAGCCAACCAACCAUUUGGCUUGCAAGUUCAUUCAAAGAUCGUCAUUCAAAAACACUUAUUUCAUUGAAAAAUUGUAAAAGGCAUGCAGUUUGAUUCAUUGAGCUAUUUAAGAUGUAAACAACAUGUACCCAUUUAGUUUAAGUGGGAUUAAAUGGGUUAAUACAAAGAUUUAAAGACAAUCACCCCAGAAAUUGAGAUAUGGAAACGAUAUCUUACCAUUGCACAAUGGUAUAGACUUUACCCUCUGUCAUUCCAAUACGAUCGCUCACGGUACAAUUGUGUUUGAGGCAUGUCUCUCCACUUUUUGGUGCCCACGAGUAAUUCGGGUGAUCCAAAUUCAAGGCUGAAUAGGGCAGCUGUGAUGUCAGUGUCAGUACUGUCAUCUUUACCUGCAUAUGCCGCAGAUGUUCUGUCGUCUGUAAGGUACUUCAUCUGAUCUUCCAUUACUGAUAUAAGAGGACACACAACUAACAAAAUUGGAUCACUUGGGAACCCACUUAUUUGCUGGCAAAUGGUCAGCCAAGCUUGGAAAAAUAAUAAAUCUCCCAUCUGUAAACCUGUGAAAAUAUCCCAUUUUUUCAUUUCACUUAGUGUCUCAAGCAAAACUCCUGUCCUUUAAAGUUUUGAUGCUGUGAACUUCGCAAACUUGGGAAAAUCCAGUGACUAGAUGCUCCUCUGAAGUGCUCAUUGUUGCAGUGUUGGAACUUGUAAAAGACCAGUGUACAUAGGCUCCCGGAAAUCCUGCUGAAAACAAUCAGAUUUGGGUUGAUCGAGAAAGCGUUUUCCAAUUUGUGCAUCAGACAGUUAGUACACGGACUGUGGGCAGUCCACGGGACUGCCCGUCUGAUUCUGAGACUAGGUUCAAGUAAACUAUAGUGUGUAAUGUUACAAUGUUAAUUUCCUAAAAUAACGUGUGAAGUCACAGUAUUAAUCUCUCCUUACGCCGAGUUGAGUGAAACUGGUAUUUUCAAUGUACGUCGUAUUGAACGGGCUAUGUCGUAAAGUCCUACUCCUACAAAUCUUGUCCAGUUUUUCCAAAAUUUGUCUCAGAAGAUCUUCAGAUUGAGUCGCAUAAAAGUUUUUGGAUGGAUUUUGGAUUUUCACAAUCUUUACCAAAUUAUGUAAUAACGAAUUUGGCGAAGUCGACCAAAACCAGGAAGUCAGGCCGGAUCUCAGCAACUCUUUGUGCUAUUGAAAUGAAACUUGGUAUGGAUAAUUGCAACCUUGAGCUCAGCACACUUGCCAAAUUUAGCGACAGUGCCACCUACUUGUCAAGAAAUUCUCAAAAUUAACUUUUUUGCUCAUAACUUUUGUAUAAUUUGUGCUAAAACCAUGAUUGAUUCUUAAGGUCAUAAGGAUUUCAUUGAUACCAUUUUUCAUGACCAAACAUAAUGUCCUUCCAGCAUUGUGAUUUAAAAAAAAACAUUUUUAUUUAAACUUUUAAAUGCUUUGUCAUACCGAAACACAACGUGGUGCACAGUAUUGUCACCCUGUUAUGAGGAUAUGAGCGUUUUUAUUUAUUUAUUUAUUUUUCUCCCCAAUUUGGAAUGCCCAAUUCCCAAUGCUCUCUAAGUCCUUGUGGUGGUGUAGUGACUCACCUCAAUCCGGGUGGCGAAGGAUGAAUCUCAGUUGCCUCCGCAUCUGAGACCGUCAACCCGCACAUCUUAUUACAUGGCUUGUUGAGAGCGCGUGUGGAGGCUUCACGCUAUUCUCCGCAGCAUCCACGCACCACUCACCACACGCCCCACCGAGAAUGAACCACAUUAUAGCGACCACGAGGAGGUUACCCCAUGUGCUUCUACGCUCCCUAGCAACCGGGCCAAUUUGGUUGCUUGGGAGACCUGGCUGGAGUCACUCAGCACACCCUGGGUUCGAACUCGCGACUCCAGGGGUGAUAGUCAGCGUCAAUACUCGCUGAGCUACCCAGGCCCCUAUCUGAGCAUUUUUGAAACCACGUAACCUAGUGAUAAACUAAGGCACUGUUGUUUUUUUCAGCUUCUACAGAUUUGUCCAAUUCUCAACACAUUUUGGCUUACAUGACCAUUUGUUUGUUUUUUUGUUUUUUCUGUAUUUAAAACUUGUUGACUGCAACAACAACAGCAUUUUCUCAGCUAUACAUUGGUGUGCUGACUCUCAACUUGGUAUGUCUGUUUUGCAUCAUCUAACACCACCAGCAGAGUGGUGUAGUGUAGGGUUUCGAACUUUUCGAUGCCAGGGAGGGCCCCAAGUUGAUGAUAUGCUUGUGAGGUACCCCCUUUCAAAAAAUAUAAAGUCAGCUUUAUUUUUUCAUGUAUAAUGACCCAAUUUUACUGUGUGAGAAAAAUAGUAAAUUUUAUGUUACAACAAUAACAUGUUAGCAAAAUUAAAUGAUUGGCUUUUAUACUGACCUUGUACUAAAGCCCAAACUUUGUAAGAAAUAUUUUAAUUCUCCAUUGCGUUGCUUUAUUUCCAGAUAUUCCAGAGCUGUUGCUGUGUUUGUUUAAUGAACUUUCUUUCAUGACCUGCUUCAAAACUGCGCUGCAAUAGUGGAGUUUCCUUACAUAAAUCUUUGCGAUUCCAAUGGUAGUUUACCAAGGUGUUUAUUCUGACACCUCCAGUUGGGCGAAAACUCUCACAAAUCUGUGUUUU